AUGUGCUGCCGGGAUGGCCGCGCGACGCACAUGCGAUCUGCUCGACGCGAAUUGAGGCCGAGCGAAGAAUUAUUACUGUUUAAGAACUACAUGAAAUUGCUUAGGAGUCGCUUAAAAAUUAUACCGAUACACGAUCACUCGGAGGUGUCUGUGGCUGCUGCAAGCGAUACUUUGCUCCGAGCGCCAGCGAUGGGUGCUCGAUGUUGGAAGCGGUGGGCUAUUUUUGACGGCGCGUUUGCUCCUGCUGCUGUCGCCGGUGAUGUACUGGAAUGCUGUGAAGGAUGGCGCGCAUGUGAAUGUCUCCAAGGCAGCCUAGGCGGUCGCCUGAAAAUGCGGGUGAGCGCGAUGAACCGUCGGGCUUACUUGAAGGCGAACGGCCUUCCGCAGCGAAUUGGAACUCCAAUCCGAGUUCAUCGGACGCGAGCAGAGCGAUAA